GUUCUUGCUCGGUUUCCGGAAGGGAGUUGAUGGCGGCUGUGACAAAGACAAUAAGAUGAUAAGUGCCAUGUGAUCUUUCGUUGUUGCUCGAUUCUGUAUAAUAUGAUGGCUGGCGGAGGCCUUGUGACGACGCACAUCAGUGUUAAUUUUCUCCUCGUCGUCUUUUUGGCCGGACUCGUCGGAGCGCAACUUCAAGGAGAAAGCGAUACGCAGGUUUAUUUCCCUCCACUGUAUUUACGGAUCGAGGAAGAAGUCACACUUCAUAAAAAGGCGGCUGUUUUCCAGAGGAAUUUUUUGAAAGAGAUAUAUUUUGGGUCCACGGUGUUUGGAGCAAACGCGGUUUUCAAUCCGUUCGUCAUCAACGAUGCCGUCGUCUUCGAUGCCCAAGAAUCAGUGGAAGCUGUGCCACUGAUCAUGCCAGGUCACGGGGACUUGUUGCCUUCCGAGGAACUGCUGUCGUCACUGGAGAGACUCGGAAGGGCCAACAGGUUCUCUGUCGGGGGAUCGAAUCGUGGUGGCGGUGGUGGUGGUGGAGGUAGUAGUGGUGCUGGUUCUGGUGGACCCGUGCAACCAGCAGGAAACCGAUUGCAGCAGGCUGAGGAACAAAGGAGGACUGACUGGAGGCUGCCCAGUGUUGCGCAAGUCGCUGUUACCCGGGGAAGCCGAUUCCCUGCGAAACGGAGACCAGCCAUCGCCACGAUUCAACGCAACCUGGGUUCCCAGCAGAACCCGAUCACGUCCCGGUUCGCGCCUGUCGGGGCAGGUUCUGCUGCUCCCAGCAGCAUUCGACAACCUCCAUCAGAACCCGAACCCAGCAGCAGGUUUCCGCAAUCCGUGCAGCCUCCUGCUCCGAACCCGAAAAGCAGCUCAUCAUCAUCAUCGCUGGAAACCCCGGCAAUAUCGUCCAGCACUUCCGGGUUUUCCCAGUCGGCGGGUUACGUGAAUCUCGAAGAGCUUUACGCACACGUCAUGGCUGUUCGACACCACGCUGAGGACCUGGGUGUCGGUGUCGGUGUCGUGGAUGUGGAUGUGGAGAAUGAGCCGGUUUUCCAGUCACGAGGCCCGGCUCCGAUAGGUGUCACUGUCGACGGGGCGUCGUCACCGUCUGACGUGGAGGAAGACGUCGGGCAAACGAAUUCUCACUUGGGAAAUCGACGUCGUCGACCAGGAAGUGUCAUCAGACGCCUCAUCACGUCCAGCACGGAAGUGCCUUCGCAAUCCCAACAGGGUUCGCAGGCUGGGGACCCUCUGCAACCCACGACGAUCCCAUCGAACGUCGAGGUUUCCGUCGUCGACAUCCCGCUCUCCACCGACAUCCCUUUCACCAAGAUCCUCGCAGACAAAAUCCGCGAGGAAACUGAGAAAGUGCGACUCAAGAACCUGCAAAAAUUGGCACUCGAGUCGUCUUCGUCUUCUGCUGUGCCGCCGGAAACGAGUUCGGAACCCGGGAUCCUGAUCCUGUCCUCAGUGCAAACCAGCAAAAGCGUGAGCAGUGAUGACACCGACACAACCACCACCGCCACCACCACGACCACCAUCAGCGCGCUACCAGCGACAUCUACCACGGAGCGAACAAAGUGGACCCCGCCGAAGCCUCUCCCUCCCAGAAAGCCCAACUCCGGCGUCUUGUCUCCCCUGCUUUUCAAGAACAAAAAGGAGUCGGAAGACGUGGAACAAACCACUCAGUUCGUGAAAUCCAUUCCUGAUGACCUGGUGCACAUCCUGGCGAAUUUCAAGCAAGAAGACCUGUCCAAGAUCCUGCCCCCAGGAGUGAAGUUGAUCUCUGUGACUACGCCUGAACCCCCAACUACUGUGGCGCCAUCUAGUAGUACAACAUCUUAUCCAGUGGUUUCCAGGAAGAAUAAGAAGCUUCCUGCGCAUUUGGGCAAGGAUGAUGAGCCUGGGUUGAAAGUGUCUGAUGUACUGGGCUCUCUUUUCCCUGGAGGAGGUGGAGGCAAGGGUGACCAGCGAAAAAAGCUUCCUCAAAAGAGUGUGGGUGAUUUGUUUGAUGAGAUUGACUUUGGCUCUGCUGUAGGAGUUGACCCUGGCUUGCUGCCCAAAGAUUUCAGUAGCACUACUCCUAGAACAACUUCAUCAACCACUGCUACCACCACCACCACUAGUUCAGCAAAGCCAGUGCUGGUGAAUCCAGUCAGCUUGACAGAUGUCAAAAACUUGUUGCCUCCGGGUUUCAAGUUGGAGGAUAGUACAGAGUCAUUUGGGAUUCAGAAGCAACUGGAAGUGCUGCUCAAGAGCUUGCAAAAUUCUAAUAAUCAGAAUGCAUCAGUGUUGCCAACAACACAGACCACUACUACAGUUAUUUCCACCACUUCCACUGCUGCUACACCUGCCAUCCCAGGGUUGGUGUUUAAAGAUGUGCUGGACACCAGUUUUUUGCCACCUGGGUUUGAAAUCAAGCCUGAAGUGGUUAGUCCUAACCUGGCUGGGCUUUUACCCCCUGGUUAUGUGGAGUCAUUGUCAUCUUCUACUACUUCUGAGAAGACUACCAUCAGCACUGCUGGCACCACCAAGUCUACCACUAGUGCCACAACUAGUGUACAGACCACUGAAGCCACUACCAAACCCUUCUUGAUCUUUCCUGGGGGCUCAAGGACCAGGAAGCCCAUUGCUGAUGCAAGUUCUCCUGCUCCAGUUUUCAACUUCAAACCCUUGGAUGUGACUUUUGGUUUCCCGAAAAGAGUCACAACUGAGUUCACUGGAUGGCCAACCAGUUCAACAGAGGCCACCAAGUUUGACCAGCCUGCUAGCAAUGAAGGUCCCUCAGAUUCAUCCAGCUCAAGCAGCACCAGCAGUUCCACCACUAGUACAACUACCACCACUACCCAGAGGCCAACAACCACCAGUUUCAGGACAACCACACCUGGAGUGUGUGGUUCAGAGUGCAGACUAGGUGCUACCAUUAGGAUAGUUGGUGGGGCUGACUGGUCACCUGCUUUGUGGGACAAGAAUAGUUAUGCCUACAAGGACAUGGCCAAGAAACUUGAGGAAGAGGCAUGUCUGGAUGCUGUCUACAGGAACAGUCUGCUUUCAGACUGGUAUGACCGCGUGGAAAUUGAAGCUUUCAGCCCUGGAAGUGUGGUGGUUGACUACGUGGUUUGGCUGCGUGGUUUGGAGAACCGCGAAGUUGACACUGGUCAGCUGAAGAAAUUAUUUUACAAAUCCGUGGACGCGUUGUCAACUUCCCCCAGCUCCAAUGACAGACGGAACCGACAGAAGUCACUCAAGCCCUCUGCAAUCCCCGACAGACUCACCUUGGGCUCCUACACUUUGGAUCCUUUCUACACUGAUUUUAUUGGUAGUGUUGAAAGAGAACUCGGUGAUCCUCUCGUUCUUACUCCUGCUGAUGCUUAA